AUGCAGGACCCUACGUCAAAUGAUGACCAUGACGAUGGUUCUUCCACGGUGGAUAGUGCGGAGGCAAUGGGUGGUGAUCCCGGGGAGACAGUUAUGUGGUUUGGCAAACACGAAGGAUCCAGGCUGCGGGAUCUGGACGAAGGCUAUUGUUGGGCUUUGGUCGAAUACUCAUAUCAACAUCCUCAUUCACUCAACUGGCGGCGUAGUCUUCAGGACAUACUGCGGAGACACUCGGCCUGCAAGUAUGUGGCUUGCAGAAGAAGAAGCACAAGGCCACAGAGCUCGUCGAGAAGGACACGUAUAGUGCUUAAUCCUGUCGGUAAACGCUUGGGACGUCAAGACGAUGGAAUCGCAUCAGACAACGACGAGUCUUAUGAUUCUGAUGACGGCUUUGUCGUCAAGACGGACGAGGAGAAUGAGGAAGAUGACGACUGCACCAUCGACAACUCUCUCAGCGAUGAAACUGAAGACGAUCUUGAAUUGGACAACGAUCACAAACCAGAGCCCGAGGAAUCCGGCUUAGGUAAUGGCCCUGUAAGGGAGGAUAGAGGUGUAGCUGUCAGGUCUGUGCGAUUUCCGGAUAACUGGCCAGACUCCGACUCUUCGGACGCUUCCUUACCUCCACUGAAGGCACUGUUCAAUUCGCCGGCCAAGAAGAACACACCCUUGAGAGGAUCCGGGGCAUUGGAGGGAAAAGACGCAGGGGGAGGGAGUUAUGAAAAUGCGAUCAGAGUAGACAGCGACUCUGAUGACCAUCCACUCUUCUCCUCGCCCCUGAAGAACGUGACUGGGGCGAGACCAAGGGCUAGGACAUGGACCACCAAUAGGUCGCCCAAUGCAGCUGUUGAAACUUCGAGGCAGAGCAGGUAUUACAUUAUACAAAGCGGCUCGGACGAAAAUCCAGACGACGAGCGAGAAGAAAGUCGGACACCUCUUCGGAAGCGGCCUAAGCGUGAUGGUAACAUAUUGUGGCAUGAGCAUCAUUCGCUUGAGGUGGACUCGGACGAUAUGCCAUUGCAGCGAACUGGCCGGAGGGUCUCCGAAGUUGCUGGCUCAUCAGCCGCGAAGAGACGCUCACCGUCAGAUUCCGGAGACAAACCCGUGAAAUUUCGACUUGGCGGAGGCAGGCGAGCCAGUAUGAAGACUGGGAAGAAUGGGCGAGUCUCAAUUGAUUCAGAUGACGAGGUAGUACUCCCAAGGAAGCGAAGAAGCACACAUGGAGGGACGGUAGGAUCGAGAUAA